AUGUCAGGGGGAGAUUGUAACGGGACUGAGGACAGUCUUGCUGAUUGUUCGUUUGAUGGAUGGGGUCAAGGUGGUUCUUGCGGUAACUUCCCAGCUAGUGUUUUCUGUUAUAACGUCACAGAAACAGACUUUGACAUCCGCCUAAGUGGAGGUUCAGAACCCAAUGUGGGCCGUGUAGAAGUGUAUUAUAGUGGUUACCGGGGAAAUGUUUGUGGCUACUACGACUGGGACGACAGGGACGCUAAUGUCACAUGCAGGAUGUUUGGAUACAGUGAUGGUCAUCAAAUAUAUCGGACCACACGUUAUGGCCGUCUAACAGAUCCUGUAUGGAUGGCAGGUGUUGACUGUAACGGUACAGAGAACAGUCUAGCUGAUUGUUCCUUUGACGGAUGGGGUCGAGUUGGUUCUUGCAGUAGUUAUCCCGCUAGUGUUUUCUGUUAUAACGUCACAGAAACAGACUUUGCCAUCCGCCUGAGUGGAGGUUCAGAAUCCAAUGUGGGGCGUAUAGAAGUGUAUUAUAGUGGUUACUGGGGAAGUGUUUGUGGCUACUACGACUGGGAUGACAGGGACGCUAAUGUCACGUGCAGGAUGUUAGGAUACAGUGCUGGUCAUCAAAUCUAUCGGACCACCCGUUAUGGCCGUCUUACAGAUCCUGUAUGGAUGGCAGGUGUAGACUGUACCGGUACGGAGGACAGUCUAGCUGAUUGUUCCUUUGACGGAUGGGGUCAAGUUGGUUCUUGCAGUAUAUAUCCCGCUAAUGUUUUCUGUUAUAAUGUCACAGAAACAGAUUUUGAGAUUCGUCUGAGUGGAGGUCCAGAACCCAAUAUCGGUCGUGUUGAGGUGUACCACAGUGGUAGCUGGGGAACCAUUUGUGGACUACACGACUGGGACGACAGAGAUGCUAGUGUAACGUGCAAGAUGUUAGGAUACAGUGCUGGUCAUAAAAUAUAUCGGACCACCCGUUAUGGCCGUCUUACAGAUCCUGUAUGGAUGGCAGGUGUAGACUGUACCGGUACGGAGGACAGUCUAGCUGAUUGUUCCUUUGACGGAUGGGGUCAAGUUGGUUCUUGCAGUAGUUACCCCGCUAGUGUUUUCUGUUAUAAUGUCACAGAAACAGAUUUUGAGAUUCGCCUGAGUGGAGGUCCAGAACCCAAUGUCGGCCGUGUAGAAGUGUUCUACAGUGGUUACUGGGGAAAUGUUUGUGGCCUAUACGACUGGGACGACAGAGAUGCUAGUGUAACGUGCAGGAUGUUAGGAUACAGUGCUGGUCAUCAAAUCUAUCGGACCAUCCGUUAUGGCCGUCUUACAGAUCCUGUAUGGAUGGCAGGUGUAGACUGUACCGGUACGGAGGACAGUCUAGCUGAUUGUUCCUUUGACGGAUGGGGUCAAAUUGGUUCUUGCAGUAGUUACCCCGCUAGUGUUUUCUGUUAUAAUGUCACAGAAACAGAUUUUGAGAUUCGUCUGAGUGGAGGUCCAGAACCCAAUAUCGGUCGUGUUGAGGUGUACCACAGUGGUAGCUGGGGAACCAUUUGUGGCCUACACGACUGGGACGACAGAGAUGCUAGUGUAACGUGCAAGAUGUUAGGAUACAGUGAUGGUCGGGCAUUGUCAGCAGCGUACGUAGUUCCUAAUGAACCGAUAUGGAUGAACAAUGUACAAUGUGACGGUACAGAGUCCAGUCUGGCUGACUGUCCAUUUGACGGUUGGGGAAAUGUUGACUCCUGUAGUUAUCAAGCUCAAGUCACGUGCUACAACGAAGCAG